AUGCCAAACCCCAGCCAACUCCUCCUCCUCGCCGAUCACAUCAAGCUCUCGCUCCUCGAGCGUCAACGCGCCAUCUCCCUCAGCCUGGAGCCCAACAGCCAAGACGGCGAGAUCUCGCGGUCCCUGGACUCCUUCAAAGAAGGCAUCGACGCCAUCGAAGACGAGUGCGCGCAGCUCGAAGCCCAGAAGGGCCGGCACGAUGACGACGUCGCCGACCUCCGCGACCAGCUCAGCCACCUCCACUCCCAGCACGACGAGCUAUCCGCUCAGUUCCACGAGAUCACGACCGCCAUCGCCGAGGCAGCCUCUGCUUCCUCGUCCUCAUCGUCCGGCUUCGCCAACCACGUGAAGAACUCCUCCCCGGACCUCAAGCAGCCCGUUCCGCAGCACCCGUCCUCGAAAUCCGUGCGCUUCAUGGACGCCGCGGCGGCGGCCGAGGCGGCCGAGGCCGACGACGAGGAGCACCGGCGGAACCUCUUCCGGCCGUACCGCGACUCGCCGUCCCCGCCGCCCGGGGCCAGCGCCGCCAGCAUGGACGGGCUGUCGAACGAGCAGAUCUACGAUCACCACGCGCAGGCGCUCCGGGACCAGGACGAGCAUCUGGACCGGCUGGGCGAGUCGAUCAGCCGGCAGCACCAGCUGAGCAUCCAGAUUGGGGACGAGCUAGAAGGCCAUGUGGCGUUGCUGGAUGAUCUGGAUGGGCAUGUGGAUCGGCAUCAGGGGCGGUUGGAUAAGGCGAGGAAGCGCCUGGAUCGGUUCCGGCGCAGUGCCGGUGAGAAUUGGAGUAUGAUGACUAUCAUCGGGUUGAUUAUUACGCUGGUGAUCUUGAUCGUGCUUUUGAAGUGA